AUGGAAACAAUAAAUAAACCAAAUAAAUUAAAAAUCAAAGAGAACUAUAUAAACCAAUUGGAUCUUUCUUUUCAAUUUUCUCAAUCUCAAUUUUUAAAUAAUAAUAAUAAUAAUAAUAAUAAUAAUAAUAAUAAUAAUAAUAAUAAUAAUAAUAAAAAUGAAGAAUUAAAUGAAAAUGAAAAAAUUGAACUAGAGAAUUAUUUGAAGGAAUUAAAGCAAAUGAUGCUUGAACAAUUUAAAGACAAUGUUGAAAUAAUUGUUACAAAUUUAGAAGAUUCAAAAGAAAUUAAAAAUCAAAAUGAAAAACAACAACAACAACAACAAAAACCAAGUUUAGUUUCAAAAGUUUUAAAAAUUGAAACAGAAGUUGCAGAUCCAUCAAUGAUUCAACAAGCAUCUACAUUACAAAAACAAUUAGAAUCAUUAGUAACAAAAGUCACCCAACUUAGACAAGAUGUACCUUCAAUUAUACAAGCUGAAAUAUCUCAAAAUCUUCAAAAAUCUUCAUUAUUAAUUAAUAAUUCAACAAAUUUAACAACAAUAACAACAACAACAACAACAACAACAACAACACCAAUUAAUAAUAAUAAUAAUAAUAAAAAAGGAAAUAAUAAUAAAAAAGGAAAAGAAAUUGAACAACAUAAUGUGGUAGUUGAUGAAAAUAAAGAAUUAGAAGACUAUCAUGAAUCAGUGUUGACAAUUGUUACCAAUGUUUCUGAAAAUAUUGAAUCCAUUUCAACUGAUUCAUUAGAAAUUAAAAAGAAAAUCAAUGAUGUUUUGGAGAAAUCUAAACAAACUAUUGAAGUUACAAGAAUACUUUUAAAAUAA